AUGUCAUUAUUAUUUUUCGAGUUUCAUCCGCAGCCACAGUGCAAAUUGCUGCCGCACGUUAAUAAAUUAUAAUAUUUAACAAUAAUAAUACAAACUUAAAGCUAAAACAUAGCUUUAAACGUUCAUCAACUUAAUUUAAGUGUUAAAAUAGUUCUAAAGUGUCAUUAAAUCGCAAAAAGAAAAAAACGAAAAGCAAAUACAAAACAAAAAGCCUAGAAUAAAUAAAAUAAAAACCUCUCAAGGCACGCAGCUAAGCAAGAGGUCGUCGUCGUCGUUGUGCUAUUUGUUGUUAUUUGUCAGCGUCACAUGCGCCUCUGCCGUUGCUGUUGAAUAAGUUUCACAUGUACAGCUAAUGUGCAUACCCUAUAGCUGCAAUUGCCCUGGUGAAUGCAAACUAAAGUACGAAAAUACAUUGCGAAGACUUUAAAGCUGUGCAGCGGCAACAACUGAAGGAGGAUCAAGCAGGAUCAUGCAGCAUCAUGUGCAUGCGACUCGGGCAGCUCCACAUUUACGGCAUCACAGUCAUCUGGCGAUGCCGUUUCCCACCAUGGAGCAACAAAUGUUGAGCACACUAAUAGCAACUGCACCAGAACAACAGCAACAACCGCAGCCGCAGCAGCAGCAACAACAGCAGCCGCCGCCACCGCAACGGGAACAUGGACGUGGCUCUUUGUUCUUUAGCGCUCAGCAUGACUUCCGCUCGAUAACGGGUUUCCAGCGACAGCAGCAACAGCAACAACAACAACAACAACAACAACAGCAGCAGCAGCAGCAGCAACAACAACAACUAGGGCCAUGCCUGAAUCAUCAUCAUCAUCAUCAGCAACAGCAGCAGCAGCAGCAACAUCAUCAGCCGCAUCAUCACGCCCUCGCACAGCAGCAGCAGCAGCAGCCACAAUUGAAUGCCGCAUAUCACAACAACAACAACAACAGUAACAGUAACAACAACAACAACAACAACGCCAACAAGAACAACAACAAUAGCAAUCAAAUGCAAAAAAUACGACAGCAACAUCAACAUCUCAGCAAUGGCCAUUUAGCAAAUUGCAAUCAAGCACCGCCGCCAGCAGCAACUCCACAGGGCUUCAAUCAUCCAACGGCGCUUGGUUAUGGCCAGCUGCCACAUCACAUGGCACAUUUGGGCAGCUAUGCGACACAGCCGCCGCCGGCGGCGCUGCAGAGCGGCAAACAGCCGCAUUACUACCUGAGCAAUGCCAAGCCCUCCAAGUACAGCAAUAAUGCCAACAAUAAUAGCAACGGCAACGGCAGCAAUAGUGGGAGUGGCAACGGCAGUAGCUAUGCCCAUUCAUCGAAAACCAUUCUGCAGAACACCUAUCGUCCGGCCAAGAUCAAUGGCCAGGCGUGCGGCUCAGCCACAGAGCCAGUAGCAGCAGUUGCUGCGACAGCGGCAGCUCCUGCUCCUGCUCCUGCUCCUGCAGAGCACUCGCAGCGCAAUGUGGGCAGGGGCAGCAAUAGCGAUAACCAUGUCCUGGCCAAUGAGGAGAUCUGUGAACUGGCGCCAGACGUGACGCCCAAUUGCUGUGAGCCAUCGGCGCCGUCGGCAGCGCAGGCCGACGAUCGCAGCAGCAGCGCCGAGCAUAUGGAUGCCGCUGGCACGCUCUCCAAUGAGGAUGGCAGUACGGGGCGCAAUGGCAAGGACAAGACGCCCAUGUGUCUGGUCAAUGAGCUGGCCCGGUACAACAAGAUCACGCAUCAGUAUCGCUUGACGGGCGAGCGCGGUCCGGCCCAUUGCAAAACCUUCACAGUCACCUUGAAGCUGGGCGAGGAGGAGUACUCGGCAGAUGGUUUCAAAAUCAAGAAAGCCCAGCACUUGGCCGCCUCCAAGGCCAUCGAGGAGACCAAAUACAAGCAUCCGCCACCAAAGAUACGUCGCAACGAUGAGAACAGCUCCACGCGCACCCACAUCACGCCCACCGUGGAGCUGAAUGCGCUGGCCAUGAAGCUGGGCCAGCGCACCUACUAUCUGCUGGAUCCGACGCAAAUGCCGCCUGCCGAGCAAAUGCUACCACCCGAAUAUGCCACACCGUUGUUGCCUACACCGGCGCCUGGUCUACCGCCACCGCCACCGCCGCCAUUCGCACUGCGCCGCAAUGCCAACGGCAGCUACGUGUUGCCAGCACCGCCCAUGCAUCCGCAUCAUGUGGCGAUGCAGACGCAACGCGCCAUCUACGGCCAUCAGCGCCCGUAUGCGCCGAAAUAUCAGUCACGCUUUACUUUGGCCCCGGCGCUGGGGCCGCAUAUGCUGGCCGGGCCGCAUGGGCCCUAUGCGCCCGCCCUGCCCGUGACCCCGAGCAAGAUAACCCUGUUCGUGGGCAAGCAGAAGUUCGUGGGAGUGGGCCGGACACUGCAGCAGGCCAAGCACGAUGCGGCGGCGAGGGCGCUGCAAGUGCUCAAGACGCAGGUGAAUAGCGCAACAGAGGAGGCGCUGGACGAUUCCAUGGAUGAGGGCGACAAGAAAUCGCCCAUAUCGCAGGUGCACGAGAUCGGCAUCAGGCGCAACAUGACGGUGCAUUUCAAGGUGCUGCGCGAGGAGGGCCCGGCGCACAUGAAGAACUUCAUCACGGCCUGCAUCGUGGGCUCCAUUGUGAGCGAGGGCGAGGGCAAUGGCAAGAAAAUAUCGAAGAAGCGUGCGGCGGAAAAGAUGCUAGCCGAGCUGCAGAAAUUGCCGCCGCUCACGCCCACCAAACAGACGCCCAUGAAGCGCAUCAAAGUGAAAACGCCCGGCAAGGGCGGUGCGGCAGCGGCGGCAGCUGCCACAGGCAUGACAGCUGCCGCCGUCACACCGCUCGCCAAGCCAGAGCGACGCAAGCGCUUGAGUGCACAUCAAAAGGAGAAGUCAACGGCCGACCAGGAUGAUGCCGAGAAUCCCAUCACGAAGCUCAUACAACUGCAGCAGACGCGCAAGGAGAAGGAGCCCAUCUUUGAGCUGAUUGCCAAGAAUGGCAACGAGUCGUGCAGGCGGCGUGAAUUCGUCAUGGAGGUCUCGGCCAGCGGACGCACAGCGCGCGGCACGGGCAACAGCAAAAAGCAGGCCAAACGUAACUCCGCCCAGGCCCUGCUGGAAUUGCUGGAGGGUACGGAGCACAGCGUUGGGGAGAUGGAGCAUGUCGUGGACCAUAAUGUGCCGACAGUUGCAACGGCGGCUGUGCCGGCAGCUGCGCUCACUAUGGAGCCAACUGUCGGCCUCGAGGUGCCCAUGGUCUCAACGCCUGCGGGUCCUGUGCCCGGCAUUCUAAUACUACGCCAAAACAAGAAACCAGCGAAGAAGAAAGAUGCGGUGGUUGUGGUCAAAGCCAACAUGGAGACAGCUAAGGAGAAGCAGGCCAAAGCAGAGGCUGCACCAGCUGCAGGGGAUAAGAGCACUCACAACAGCAACAGCCACACAAAUAUUAAUAAUAGUAACAACAACAGCAACAACAACAACAACAACAGCAACAACAGCAACAGCAGCAAUGAGUCUCAUGCCCAUGAGGCGGCCAAUGAGAGCAGCCUGAACACCUCGACGGGCAGCAAUACGAGCGGCGUCAGCAGCAACAGCAGUAAUGCGCCCGGAGCCAGCAGCAAUGCCAGCGGCGGUGGUGGCGACGGCAACAACAAUGCUGGCGGUGGUGCAGGCAGUGGCGGUGGCGGCGGCAGUGGCAGCGGCGGUGGUGUGCAUAUGAAAGAGCAGCUCAUAUAUCUUAGUAAAUUAUUGGAUUUCGAGGUCAACUUUUCGGACUAUCCCAAGGGUAAUCAUAAUGAGUUUCUAACCAUUGUCACGCUGUCGACAACGCCGCCGCAGAUCUGCCAUGGCGUGGGCACGAGCUGUGAGGAGUCACAGAAUGCAGCCGCACGCAAUGCACUCAAAAUCUUAAGCGAACUGGGCCUGAAUAAUGCCAAGAAAUAAGCCAAACUAAUCAACUGCAAUUUAUGUAUUCUUUUUAUUUUUAUUGCUAAAAAGCAAAGAGAAAAAUGCAAAAAAAAAAAAAAAAAAAAAAAAAAUCACCCGUCCACAAAUCAAACCUGAAAAAAUGAAAAACUAAGUAAAACGUGAAAGAAGAGUAGAGAAAGAAAAAACAGAAAAAAAAAAAAAUAAACAAACGCUGUGUGCAAGAAUGAAAAAGAAGAAGAUCAAAGAGCAAAGUAUGCAAGAAAAACAAAAACGAAAGGAAAUCAAAGCAAGAAACAGUAAUUUUUGAAAUAGUAAAUUAUUAGUUAAUACCUAUUUAUUUAUUUAUGUGCAAGUGUGCGCAAUGUGCAUUGUUUAUUUGAAUAUUUGUUUUAUAUAAAUACAAUGCGCAGGCUGCAUAAACUGCAGCUAUAUUAUAUUUAA